AUGCAAGCCCGUCUGUUUGCUCGCUCCACCGGCGAGCUCAGCCCUGAGGCCUUCGCCCAGGCGACCACUGCAGGCCUCGUCCGAACCUUUGCAGCUGCUCCCCAACACCGAUUCGAUGGCGGAGGUGCUGAGCCCGAAGUCGAAGGCAGACAAUCUGCCUUGUGGGCACAUCGGAUAGGCGUCAAUGCUCUGGCCCUUGACAAGUUUGAUGGUCGGCUACUGAUCUCUGGAGGCGCUGAUGGCUCCGUGAAGCUUUGGGAUCUGGAACAUGCUCCUAAUCCAAACUCUUCCUACACCUUUGAGCCCAUUGCCAAUGCUUCUCGCUCCGUCGGCGACAAUGGCAUUGCUCACAAGAAUGGCGUUACCCACCUCGACUUCUUCCCCUUCGACUCGGACGCCUUCCUUUCAAGCUCUUUUGACCGCACGCUGAAGCUAUGGUCUACCGAAAGGAUGGUAGUUUCUGCCAACUUCGAUCUGAACGCCGACAUCUACACUCAUGCGACCAGUCCUAUUGCCGAUCAUCUCCUCGUCGCCUGUGCCACGCAGCAUUCAUCCGUUCGCCUUGUCGACCUCAAGUCCGGGUCCUCGGUCCAGUCCCUCGUCUCCCAGGGCGGCGCUGUGCUAUCUGUAGCCUGGAGUCCUCGCCAUGAACAUGUCGUUGCCACCGGCCAUUUCGAUGGAAAGGCCCGCCUGUGGGACAUCAGGCGCGCUUCCGGCCUCAUUGGCCAGCUCGACCAGGAGGAUCACCUGGGUAUCGUCCACCGCUUCAACCACGCCAAGGCCUGCGGCAUGGAUUGGAACCAGAUGCCGCACUUUCGCAGCGCGGCCCAGGCCCACAACGAAGGUGUCAACGCACUUACAUGGUCUGACGACGGCAAGUACAUCAUCUCUGCUGGCCUUGACCGUCGCAUACGCGUCUGGGAUGCUGCCACGGGGGCGAACACGCUGGCGGCAUUCGGCUCUAUGAUUCAGAAUCGACAACCAAAGACGGUCAGCAUGUUUGUCACUCCGGCCAGGCUCACACCAAUUCGUCGAGAUCUUCUCUUCUGGCCGAACGAGAACGAGAUCCUGGUCAUGGAUCUGCAUGAGGGCACUUUGGUAUCUCGCCUACGCGUUCCAGGGCCAUCCACAGCAGCAGGCGCUCAGGGCAUUGGAGGUAUCAACGUCCAAAACCGCACCAUGGAUAUUGUAUGGCGCGGAAACGCAGGAUACAGACUUCAAAAGGGGCCAAUCAUGGGCGGAGGAAGCUCAUGCGGUGCAGUGUACACCGCCCACCUAGACGGCCAGAUUCGAGCAUGGAUGCCGCGACUGCCAGGGCCAGACAGAGACGACGAUACCUUGGAUCCUAUCGACAAGGAUGAAGAGGAGAAAGGCCGUAAACGAAAGGCUCUCGACGAUGCUUUUAGGAGCUUGAUGGGGAAGCAAAUCACGUUCAGAUGA